UUGAAUAAUUAUUUUUGUGUAAAGCUGGAAGUGUUCAAAUGAAUGACGAAUUUGGUAAAUCUGGGCUUUAUAUUGAUGAUCUUUACACCCUACGAGUUAUCGAUCCGGAAGUGGCGCAUGAAACCAACGAUCUGAAAGACGAAUGUGGAAUAUUCACAAAUAAGCUUGAUGAAUUCCGACAGAUUAUAGAACAGUUUGUUGGCAUAGUGGAAAGCUUCUCCACAGAAGUGGACCAGGAAAAGAUGCGAGCAAUAGGAAUACAAAAUCUACAAAAAACAUUCUCCAAGCAAAAAGAAUCAGAACAACAGCAGAUACAGAGUGAGAUUAUAGAAAAGAUGGUAGAGCUGGAUAAACUGAAAAUCGAGUAUCAGUACUUGCAACGAAUUGAAUCUGAGCAACAGGAGAUCAUCGAUAAUUUUUAUCAAAAUCAAUAAUUGAAUAAAC